GGCGGCAGCCGGGGCAUGUCGGGCGCGCGGGGCGGUGGGCGCGUGGCCCCUCCCCUCGGCGAGCGCGCGGCAGCGGCUGCGGCGGCGGCCGCGGGAGGAGGCGGCGAGGAGGCGGCGCCUGUGUCGGCGCUGGAGGUUGUGUCCUUCCUGGGGAAGCUGCUGUGCGCAGUCGCGGCGCUGAAGGCGGCUCUGUACCUGCUCCGCAGAGUGUGCCUAGCGAUGGCCUGGAAGUCGGGCGGCGCCAGCCACUCCGAGCUCAUCCACAACCUCCGCAAAAAUGGAAUAAUCAAAACAGAUAAGGUAUUUGAAGUAAUGCUGGCUACAGACCGUUGCCACUAUGCAAAAUACAACCCCUACAUGGACUCUCCGCAGUCUAUAGGUUUCCAAGCAACAAUCAGUGCUCCACACAUGCAUGCAUAUGCACUUGAACUUCUAUCUGAUCAGCUACAUGAAGGAGCCAAAGCACUUGAUGUAGGAUCUGGAAGUGGAAUUCUUACGGCAUGCUUUUCGCGAAUGGUUGGUCCCAAAGGACAAGUUGUAGGAAUUGAUCAUAUCAAAGAACUAGUAGAUGACUCAAUAAAUAAUGUCAAAAAAGACGAUCCCACAUUGCUGUCUUCAGGAAGAGUGAAACUGAUUGUGGGAGAUGGACGAAUGGGAUAUGCAGAAGAAGCUCCCUAUGAUGCAAUUCAUGUUGGAGCUGCAGCCCCAGUUGUGCCCCAAGCACUUAUAGACCAGUUAAAACCUGGCGGAAGAUUGAUAUUACCAGUUGGCCCUGCUGGGGGAAACCAGAUGCUCGAACAGUAUGACAAACUAGAAGAUGGCAGUGUCAAAAUGAAGCCUCUGAUGGGAGUGAUAUAUGUGCCUUUAACAGAUAAAGAGAAGCAGUGGUCCAGGUGGAAGUGAUUUUCUGUUCCACUUACUUCUUCCACACACAUGCAAGGGAUGAAUUGUAAAAGCUACAUCAUCUUGACCCAAACAUAGUGUUACAGUGGACUGCUCAUCUCCCGUUCUAAAAGCUUUUUGAAAACCAACAGCAUUGCAGCUUGUUUUGGACUUCGUUAUACUGUUGUUAUCAGCAUGGAAAAGCGUGGUGUUUGUUUUAUUUUUUUAGAUGCUCAAGGCAAAUCUGAAAAAGAAAUGGUGGAAAGUUUUAUGUGGGCACUGUUUUAUUUAACAUGCCUUUAUUUCACUUUAAUCUGUUCAAAGUGAAUUUCUGCAAAACUGCAGAUAAAGACCUGUAGCUUGUGAACUCUGAUUUUGAUGGGGGAACUUGAACACUCACUUCUCUCGGCUCCUGUGUCCCUUGGUAAAACGCUUCUGUGCACCUUACGACACUACGUAGGUAAUACCAGGUUUUCUGUGUUCCAACGUCUGCUAGAUGCUACUAAAAGGAGAUGAACUUCCUUUCUAAGCUUUUGACAUGGUGUCAUAGACUAGCAUGUAGUAGAUACAAUCAGCUGCUUUUUUACCUUUAAACCAGGCAUUUGUAUAUAUUAAAUUUCAAGACAUCAGAGGUAGGUGGCUGCUCCUAUCAAACAUUUCUGUUCAAGCUGGACAUAACAGACAUGGUUUUCCCUUUCCUUCUAAAACUGAUUAAUGUAAGCUUUAAAUUCUGUUGUGGUUUAUAGCUCAGUGCUGAUGUGAUACACAUGGAGCUAACUCCAUAAAUAUGAGGUGAGCUGUGUUCCAAUCACUGAACAAUUUACACAAUGCAGCUUUGCCAAGCAAAUUUAAAAGCCAAAGGGGGUUUUGUGCUUGUGUGGAAGAUUAGGAUGGGUAGGUAGUCUGAUAUACGGAUUGCUAGGUUCUUUAUUAAAAGCCAAAACCCCCUUUGGUCCUAAAAGGAAUGUUGCUUCUGGUAAAGCCAUUUGAUGUAUGAAGAAUAGUUGGAAGGCUCUAAACCUUUUUUUCUGAUGUAAGUUUUGUGUUCUGGUACUAUAAAAUGUUGACAAAUUAGGAAGCAGUACACUAAGGUGGGCUGCUUUGGGAAAGGGGGAAAGUGUGUCUUCAGUGAUCUUGCUCAUAUUUGAGCGACCCAGAAUUAAAGUAAACAGCAUAUUAUCUUUUUUUUUUUUAUGAUAGGAAGGAUUAUAGAAUAAAACAACCCAUAGUGAUCACUGGAAAAAACCCAAAACAACUUCCUAUGGUGAAAGAGCAAUAAUUUUGUGAUAGGAUUAAUCCCUGAAAGCAUAAAGGUUAUAAUUCAAAGGCCUCUGAAUAUGGAAAAGGAACAUUUUAAAUAACCUGCCUUUUGAAGGCCCAGCCCCAUUUUGUUCCUCUGUGAAAGAUACUAUAGGACUUAAUUUAUUUAGAUGUUUGGAAGUUAAUGUACCACCUCCUGAUCUGACUGCAGCCUGGGAGCACAUGCACAAGAUUAAUCUUAUAAAGAAAUUAAUAUAGUGCGUAUUCUAGAAAAUACAAUCCAGAAAAAUCCACUUGCGUCUGACAAAUUUGUACUAACCCACAAUCAACUGUGACUCUAGUUCUUGGUGUUGAAGUGAAAUAACUGAUGCAUGCUAACGUUCAACCUUUUGGUCGCUGUAUCUUUCAGUUUGAGUUCAGCUUUAUUUACAUCUUCUCACUAAUUUAAUCAGUUAAAUGAAAGAUAUGAGCUCAACUGUAUCCAAAUUCCUGUCUCUGGACACAGUCUAAUAAGCUAGCCUGACUUGGAAGUGGUGUUAAAGCUGAGACCCAAUUGCAGCUUCCUGGGGGAGAACCACUUCAGGAGGUGUAAGACUUCAGGGACCAAGGCUGGUGGGAUUAGUGCACCCAUUCCACUGAAGGGGCUGAUGACAGUCAAGGUACUCGGACAGAAAGGAGGAUCCAGGAGUAGCAUUUAGUAGUCGAAAAUGGAAACUCCUCCAUGAUGGAGCAAUGGUUCUGAAGUAAAAAACUUGGAGACAAGGACAAGUUGAAAUGCAGAAGACUUGAAGAGCUUGAAUAAAUGCUGUGUGAACUGUCUGAAUUGCUACUUUGCCAAAUAAAACAAAUUGAGAGGAAGCUGUA